CCAACCCAAAGCUCACACAACAACACCACAAAGAUCACCUCAGACACAACUCCAACCUAACCUCAGACGCCAAGAGUGACAAUGGGGCUCUGCAUGUCCAGCGGCAGCGCGCCGGCGGCGGUUCGGGCAAAGGGGCAGCUUGCCUGGACGGCUGGCCAGGUGCUGCUUCCAACGGGGGAGCUGCGGGAGUACCCGCGCCUGGCCACAGCGGGCCAGGUGCUCGACGACUCGGUGGCUGGGGACGCCGGUUGGUUCCUGUGCGACGCCGACGAGAUGGGGUUCGAUGGCCCCGUGGCCGCCGUGGCCGAGGCCGAGGAGCUCCGCCCGGGGCAGAUAUACUUCGUUCUCCCCGCUGAGGCUCUACGGAACGGCCUGCGGCCCGAGGACCUCGCCGCUCUCGCCGUCAGGGCGUCCGCGGCGCUCAUUAUUAAGGCCAACACCGCAGCAUCCUCUGCCACCGCUGGUCGACGGAGGCGCGCUGGCUCCGUGGCGCCGCUCGUUUUCGCUCCUCCCCAGGAGGUGAACGAGACCGUCGCCUACAAGACCGUGCCGGCGCUGGCGACGAAGCGGCGGCCGGUGGCGCGUGCGAAGAGUGCCGGGAGGAUGCAAUCGCGCUUCGCACCCGAUCUGACCGCCAUUCCCGAGUGCGAGUGAACCAACACAAUGGCGUUUCCCGUGCAAGUUAUAGUUUUGUCACAUCAUAGGCAGAUUGGGAUUUGGGAGGUGCUUUAGACUCUGUAUAUAAUUUCUA